GUACAGCUCUCUCUCUCUCUCUCUCUCUCUCUCUCUCUCUCUCUCCAUGGAAGACGAGCAAGACGGCCUGGAUCGCGCCGUCGGCUCGGCUGUGGUCUCCCUCGCUCCCUUCUCUCCUUCCAAAUCUCAAUCCCCCCGCCGGAUCUCGAGCCGCUUCAAGCAUCCGACCCGUCCAAUCCCCGCACAGCGCCAGCUGACGUGGUUCUCCCUCCAAGGCCGUUUAAUCGGUGUGCAAGAAGCCACAUCAGCGAGAAAUGUAGGGAACAACUUGAGCCGAGGAGAAGCCGUGGCUUGGGAGCUCUUCAGCCCCAUGCAUCGCGUCCUCAUCGUUGCGGUUGUUGCGGUCGCAACCGCCGAUUUGAAGAAAACUCGCCAGAUUUUUCAGCUUCGGCGCUCUGUAGAACUUAGGGAUCAGGUGCUGUCAACCAUGCAGCAGAAGCUUGAUGAUUUGUGUGAGCAGAUGAAUUCCAUGAAGGAUCAAGCAGAUACCGGCACUGACAGAUUGCUUCUCAAGAACAACGGCAAUGACUGUGGUGCGACUGAAUUAUGCAGUUGUGGGUGCCAAAUUCACAAACUGAAUCAUGAAAGCCCGGUCCCCAAACCAAAUUGGAAUCCAUUAAUUGAAUCAAAGAAGAGCACGUCCGAGAAAGAAUCUAGCCGAGAUGAGAUAUUUAAGGUGCCCAAUGUGAAUGCAACCGAGCAAGAGGAGCGACGGAUGUCUGACUUAUCUGAUUGGUGUUCGAGCGUGACAUCUUCUGCAGACAUCCAGCUGAAUACACUAGCAAUAGAACACGAUAUCUACAAUCUCCAAAAGGCAUGUGAAGAGAAGGAUGCUACAAUAAAGGAAUUGGCUGCCAUUGCCUGUGCAUCUGAUACUGCUGGUUCUGAAGAUUGUCCUUCUUUCUUUUUAGCAUUUACUGUCACAGAAUAUUCAUUGCUUGAUGUGGUAUCUGUUUUCUGUGGAUCACAGAGGAUUUCAGAAUUAGAAGACAUUAUCAGGAGGAAAAACAUGAUCAUUUCAAAGGUUAAAAAGGAUAUGAUGGUAUUGGAACAGAAGGUGUUGCACCUAACAAGGCUUCGGAGACCAUCUUUCUCUGCCUCAAACUCAAAUAACAUGCAGCCUCCAGUCAUGGCACAAAAUCUUCUUUAUGACAUGGAUAGCAGCACUAGCCCUUCGUCAUCUGACUCUGAUUGCCCUGUCAAUGCCAGAGGACGUCGAGGUUCCAUCGAUCAUGAAAAUCAGAACAUUCGUUGUGAAGAUGAUUUACCUGCAAGGAAAACUCAGUUACCACCUUCAGAAAGGACUCCCAUCCCUUUGCCAAAAUCAACAAAUGGGCAUUUGAAACAGCGGGCAGUGAGCCCUCUUAAAGAGAAUUCAAUGAACCAAGGAGCCUACACAACUAUGGGAUUAAGACCAAGGCAAUUGGCAUCCUCUGUAGCUGAUUCAAAGCGGACUAGGAGGCGCACUCAAUCAAGUUCUAAGGAUACGGCUCCACAGAAGAGAUGGGUUUAGACUUCUAAAAUCAUCUUGAUUUACGAGAUCAGACUAUCAAGAAAUUUGGCGAGUAAUCUCAAGUAAAUAGCUUUUACGAAGACAUGCGCCCAUUUCAGUGGAACACGCAGCAUAAGGAAAUCUUGUAUUUAAGGAAUGUAGUAUUUAUAUGAGUAGGAAGGUAACUGUACUAUUGCAUUUUUAUGUUUGACUGCAAUUGACAGUGAUGAAUGAUGGAAAGAAAAUAGUAGAUCUCAGAUUUUCUUUCUUCUAA